AUGGCUGCCUUAUCUCCAAUGUCUGAGAGAGAAGCUGCUGCUACAUUCAAACUCUUACUCAUCGGUGACUCUGGAACAGGCAAAUCAUCCUUGUUGCUCAGGUUUACAGACGAUACAUGGUUGCAGCCUGAUGAAGUAUCUGCUACGAUCGGUGUUGAUUUCAAAGUCAAGAUGAUGGAAGUUGAUGGCAAGAGAUAUAAGCUUACGAUAUGGGAUACCGCUGGACAAGAACGCUUUCGAACCUUGACUUCCAGCUAUUAUCGAGGUGCUCAAGGUGUCAUACUAGUAUACGACGUAUCAAACCGCUCCACAUUCGACCACCUCCAACUCUGGUUUACCGAGCUGGACACAUACUCAUCAUCACGAGAUGUAGUGAAAAUGAUUGUGGGAAACAAGUCAGAUAAGGAUACCGCUGGUUCGCGUGAAGUGUCACGGAAGGAAGGGGAAGCUUUCGCGAAAAGGAUGGGGACACUGUUUGUGGAGAGUUCGGCAAAGACGAAGACUGGUGUGCGAGAGGCUUUUGUUGAUGUUGUUCGAUCGAACCAGAAUGUCGCUCUAGUGGGAUCUAAAGUCGUCCUUGUUCCUUACAGGGAAGAACAUGUCUCGACAUACCACGAAUGGAUGAAGGACGAGGAAUUACAGCGAUUGACUGGCUCUGAACCUCUUACGCUCGACGCUGAAUAUGAAAUGUGUCGGAAUUGGAGAGACGAUCAAGACAAAUGUACAUUUAUUAUUCUGGAUCCGAGUGCUGAGAGGUAUCGUGUGGGAGGGCUUGCGGAAAAGUUUGGAGGAAUGGUUGGAGAUGUGAAUCUGUUCUUGUAUACUUCGGACGAUAGAGAGUGGGCUGAAGUGGAGCUUAUGAUUGCUGAACCAGACGCACGCCACAAAGGCUUCGGCCGUGAAGCCGUCCUGAUCAUGAUGCAAUACGGCAUCCAAUCGCUAAGAAUAACUCGCUUCGAAUGCAAAAUUGGAGACACCAACAUUUUCUCAUUGAAACUAUUCGAGUCUAUCGGAUUUAAAGAGACUACCAGGUCUGCUGUGUUUCAGGAGGUGACGUUAGAGUAUGUUGUUGCUGGUGGUGAGAACCGAUGGCCCAGUUUUGAAAGUGUUGAGGUUGGUAGUUGA